AGUAUCAAAACACUGUAUAAGGAAGUGUGACAAUUUGGGUAUUAUAAGAAUAAAUACUCAUAAUGAAUGGCAUAUGAUUGUAAAGUGUACAUACAGAUGGUAUGUACAUGACAGCAAGUUAGUCAAGUUAGCUUAAGAUGAAGUUCGUAUUUGUACUACUAGUAGCAGUAAUUCACUGCAGACUUUCCAUUGGGGGCUCCAGGGGGAACAAUCAUGAAUGUAAUCGUGCUAUAAAUCAUAUCUUGGAAAUCGAUGAACAAUGUGCAACUAUUCGCGAUUGUUGUUUAGAAAGUGACUACGAUUGCCCAGAAAGUUUAUUGAGAGAGAGAUGCCCUUCUGACUCACUGGAGCCUUGCAUGACAGUGACAGCCACUCACACAGUGUCCUACGCUCCCCCAGCACCAUCAUGCCCCACUACAACCACGGUCAUUACAGAGUACUUGAGUAUCACACCAACAAACUGUCUACAGUCUACACACACCAAGGAAAUGUCUACAACUGUAGAUACAGGUGCUAGGUUCAGCAGUUCAGUAACAGACGACCUUAAUACAACUACGUGUAUCUGCAGUCUUGUGACAGUAACCACGAUGUCAACUACAGGAGGAGAUUCAAAGAGUAUUUUUAACACAGCUACUGGUGGAGCUACAAGUAACAGCAAUCAAGGGACUACAAGUAACAGCAGUCUAGUGAUACUAGGAGCAUUCAUAGCUGUACUAGCAGCACUGCUGGUUGCAGUAACUACAGGAUGGAUAGUCACUUGUGUGGUCAACAGAAGGAAAGACAAAGGUUCAACUACAAGCAACAAAGAUAAUUACGCUCUACAAAACCCAGUGUACAUGUCCAACGUUACCAAGGCAACCCGUCUGCUCGUACACAGACAGGCUACAGCUCACAGGGUCCGGCUUACGAGCAGGUCAGGGUUGACACGGGAACUGACUAUGAUGUCAUUGAUCGCAGUGGACCACGCUCACCAAACACACACCCUGUCCCUAUAUCUGACCAAGACUACAGUACAUUGGAUACUGACAAGCAAGAGCAUGACUAUCAUGUGCUAGAGUCGACCAAUGCAGGGGGUCCAACAGCUGUGGGGGGUCAAGAACCUCAAGACUACGAGAUACCGCUCAGAAAGAUGUAGUAGCUACGUAAGAAACAGUGUGUUUUUAAAAGAAUUGAAAGAUAACUCAACAGUUUGUAAACAACUUCAUAUUUUGCAUGUUAUCCAGUUAUCAUAAUUAUUUCUAAACUGUAUGAUUUGUAUUUGCACACACUCUCUUAGUUCACCAAA